CAAAACGAUAGCAAGCUAGAUAUACAUUUCUAGAGGUAUCCACUACUUCUGUUCCGGAAUCCUUCUCAUGGCUUGUUCCUUGUUGCAUAUUUAGCAUCUUACGAUUUAUCAUAUGUCAUUCCUAGAUCAUCUCGAUUCUAUCUUCUGUGUGACCCAUGAACAAUCAACAUUACUGCUUCUAGUGCCACAGAAGUCUAGUCAGAAGAGCUAAGCACCUGAUAUGCUCACUGACUCAACCAAAGAAAUCAUUCUUGCGCUUGACAAGAAUAUUGGAGCCUGAGCUCACAGUUGUUGUCGCUAUACAUACCCCGAGUCUUCCUCAUGUCGCAUCCUACUCAGUACCUUGGACAACGCACCUGUCUCCUUAUCACUUGAAGACGCUUAUUGCCUCCCUUCGAAUGCUCUUAGUGACAUUCGCCCUAAGCCUUAAGAUAUGAGUGGCAUUCAUCGAUUCCUUACCCGACGCGAGCGAAAUAAUCGGAACGCAAAGCAGAAUAAGGAUGAGGCCUCGACGAUACUAUCCCGUCCUCUUUUCAGCGGGUUUUUCGCAUCCGAUCGUAGGCCAGAGCCAGACCAAGAAGAGCAGAAAAAGCUGAAGAUACUGGGGCGCCGCAUCGCACAACUUGGCUAUACUGGCUUGAAGGAAGAGCACUUUGAGUAUGCCCUCCAGUCCGCUCAGGGAGACAUAGAGAAAGCGUUUGAUCUGCUCCUCAUCUUGGAGGAUUCGAUUGAGGGUAUAAUCAGAGCGUACAGUUCGAGUACAAAGCUUCUUGGAGCAGUCAACCGACAGGGUGUUACCUGCUACCUGGACGCAUUGCUGUUCGCGAUGUUUGCUCGUCUAGAUUGCUUCGAAGCGAUCCUAUACAAGUCAUUUAACGACGAACCUCGUCGCAAGCUCUCAAUAUUGCUAAGACUCUGGGUCAACAUGCUGCGCUCAGGAAAGCUCAUAACAACAGACAUUACCAAGCAUUUGCAGGAUGCACUCGCUGAAUGUGGCUGGGAAGAUGCAGCUCAGCUUCGCCAGCAAGAUACUUCAGAAGCCUUCACAUUCAUCACAGAAAAGUUAGAGCUGCCUCUACUCACGCUAAAGAUGGAUAUCUAUCACACUGGAAAGGAGGAUGUGAGCAGCGACCACAAAUUUGUCAAUGAGAGAUUGCUGGAGGUCGCGAUUCCUGAGCCUGUCGAUGGGAAGACAGUGACACUGGAGGACUGUUUGGAAUCGUAUUUCAACAAUAGGAUUGAGGUCAAACGCCACCUUGAGCGACGCAAUACUGUCGGCUCAACCAGAUCUUUCGAUUCCACGUCCAAAGGCUUUACAUCACAUAUCGAGACUGUUGAGGUCACCCCGUCUCCUGCGACUUCUCCAACUCAGUUGACUCCACUGCGAUCCGACGAAUCAGCGCCGUUAAUGCCCAUAAUAACCGAGUCGGAAGUAAGUGGCUCAAGCACGCCUCGAGGCUCCCACAUUCGGCGGACCAGCAUCGUCCAAGAACGAUUCGUACCCGACUCAGAAGACGGAGCAAACGCUGACGGUCGCUCUACCACGAAGAGUCACUCCGGAAGAGGAUCUUAUAGGAAGGAAGUUAUGAUGCCCGCGUGGCAAUUCUUCAGUCUGAUACCUUGGUACACAGAUAACACCCCAACGAGCGAUGCCCAGGUCGCGGCGCAUUUUUCGUCAAAGAGACCAAUACUAGGCAUGUGCUUAAAACGUUAUUCCAUGCUUCCGAAUGGGAAAGCUGUCAGACUGAGCACAUACGUCGAUAUACCCACGGAAAUUGGGCUUCCACACUUCAUUCAAGACGACAAUAUGGACGCAGACGGCCCCAUUUAUGGAAACUUCAAGCUGUCUUUGCAAGCGUUGGUUUGCCAUCGAGGUAACUCGGUUGACUCAGGGCAUUACAUUGCUAUCGUCAGAGGCACUAGUGCUGGCGCACUUCCUGCCAGCUCUCACGGAUCGGAGCCGGCCUCAGACGCUCCUAGAUACUGGAUGCGCUUCGAUGACCUGGCAGAGGAACGCGUUACCCUCGUCGACAUUGAGCAAGCGCUGAAACUCGAGUCUCCAUAUCUCCUAUUCUAUCAGAUACUGCCCAUCAAUGAGGAUGCUGCAGAAGCAAAUCUGGCCACCAAAGUUCCUUCCUCCGAUACAUCGGAAGAUAUCGGUGAACUAGAUGCCGCGGGGAUUGUUCGGAAGCUCCAGACAUUGUCGACAGAUAAUACUGAUUUUGAACUUCCAUCGGGAUAUGUUUCUGGCCGGCCAAGUGUCGAAAUUACAACGCCAGAGGACCCUGCAAUUGGACUGACAGAUAUGAAUGGAAGGCAACAAAGCGCAGCCUUUUCGAAUCUCGGCGAUUCAACGAAUAAUCUCCAAGUGCAUCCUGUCUCUUCAAAGUCGCCACGGAUCCUGCCAAAGGACUUGGAAGACAAAAAUGCCUUUUCGUACUCCAGACGCGAGUCCAGAUCAGCCAGAAGUAAACCUGCCAGUCGUGCCGGGAGUCAAACUAGCGAAAACAGAAUUAGUGCAACAUUCUCUCGCUUCACGUCACGCCGCAGCAAAGAAAAGUUCACCAGUGACGGCUCUGCGGAAGACGACGUCGACGAUUUUGCUGUGGACAAUGACCUGGCCGGUCAAACUGGAGAGAUGUCCGCAGGAAUCAGUAGGGAGAGCAAAGAAAAGAGUCCCAGACGCUCCAAGGAUCGCGAGCGUUCUAAAGGCAAAGUGAAGGAUCGGUCGCGAGAACGAUUUGGAAGAAAGCUGGAACGGGAGUGCAUAGUUAUGUGACGCUUUUUCAUUCAUCGCAUCUACUCUUUGCUACCAUUUUUGCUUGGAAGCCUAGAGGGAAAGGCACUUGAUACCCAGCUAUGAUUUACGAUGCCUGUCUUAGCGAGAGCGCAUUCGCUGUUUCGUUUUAUCUUCCUGUAUGUCCAUAGAGUACAUGUCACACUAAUCGGGAUAGAUAGAGAGGAGAUUCAUCAAGAG